UUUGCUGGCUUCGCCCCGCCCCCUUCCCAUCCCCGAACCCCGCUUUCCGGCCCGCGGCGACCCCCGGCAACUGUUGUGGCUGCCGCAUUGCUCCCGCCGGGCUGUAGCUGAGCGCGGAGCCCGUGGGGGCCGGUGAGUUUGAGUUCCUGAGAUCUAGUUGGUGAGAGACAUGAUGUUCUACCGGUUGCUGUCGAUUGUUGGAAGACAAAGAGCCAGCCCAGGAUGGCAGAACUGGUCCUCUGCAAGAAACAGUGCGUCAGCUGCCGAGGCGCGUUCCAUGGCCCUGCCCACCCAGGCACAGGUGGUCAUCUGUGGAGGUGGAAUCACGGGCACUUCUGUGGCCUAUCACCUCUCCAAAAUGGGGUGGAAGGAUAUUGUCCUUUUGGAGCAGGGCAGGCUGGCUGCUGGCUCUACCAGGUUCUGUGCUGGCAUCCUGAGCACUGCCAGGCACUUGACCAUUGAGCAGAAGAUGGCAGACUACUCAAACAAACUCUACCAUCAGUUAGAGCAAGAAACAGGGAUCCAAACAGGUUACACAAGGACAGGCUCAAUCUUUCUGGCCCAAACUCAGGACCGACUGAUCUCCCUGAAGCGCAUCAACGCAGGGCUGAAUGUUAUAGGUAUCCCUUCUGAGAUCAUCUCCCCCAAGAAAGUGGCCGGGCUUCACCAUCUCCUCAACGUGCACGACCUGGUGGGGGCCAUGCAUGUUCCCGAGGAUGCAGUGGUGUCUUCCGCUGACGUGGCUCUUGCCCUGGCAAGUGCUGCCUCCCAAAAUGGUGUUCAGAUCUAUGACCAGACAUCUGUUCUUCAUGUAAUGGUCAAAAAAGGUCAAGUUACUGGAGUGGAGACUGAUAAAGGACAGAUUGAAUGCCAGUAUUUUGUCAACUGUGCUGGCCAGUGGGCAUACGAGCUGGGUCUGUCCAACGAGGAGCCGGUUAGUAUCCCGCUACAUGCCUGCGAACACUUUUACCUCCUGACUCGCCCCUUGGAGACCCCUCUGCAGAGCAGCACACCAACUAUUGUGGAUGCUGAUGGAAGAAUUUAUAUUCGGAACUGGCAGGGUGGCAUCCUGUCUGGGGGCUUUGAGAAGAACCCGAAACCAAUUUUCACUGAGGGCAAGAACCAGCUGGAGAUUCAGAAUCUACAGGAAGACUGGGAUCACUUUGAGCCUCUGUUGAGUUCCCUUCUGAGGAGGAUGCCAGAAUUAGAGACUCUGGAGAUCAUGAAGUUGGUGAACUGCCCAGAGACCUUCACACCAGACAUGAGGUGCAUCAUGGGCGAGUCUCCUGCAGUGCAGGGCUACUUUGUCCUGGCAGGAAUGAACUCUGCUGGCCUUUCAUUUGGUGGAGGAGCCGGAAAGUACCUUGCCGAAUGGAUGGUACAUGGUUAUCCCUCAGAAAACGUUUGGGAAUUGGACCUGAAACGUUUUGGAGCCCUCCAGAGCAGCCGCACCUUUCUGCGCCACCGGGUCAUGGAAGUCAUGCCUUUGAUGUAUGAUCUGAAGGUUCCCCACUGGGACUUCCAGACCGGUAGGCAGUUACGCACCUCUCCUCUCUACGACCGGCUGGAUGCACAGGGAGCCAGGUGGAUGGAGAAACAUGGAUUUGAGAGGCCAAAGUACUUUGUUCCCCCUGACAAGGACCUCCUGGCAUUGGAGCAGAGCAGGACUUUCUAUAAGCCAGAUUGGUUUGACAUCGUGGAGUCUGAAGUCAAGUGCUGUAAGGAAGCUGUGUGUGUCAUUGACAUGUCCUCUUUCACAAAGUUUGAGAUAACAUCCACUGGGGAUCAGGCAUUAGAAGUUCUACAGUACCUCUUCUCCAAUGAUCUGGAUGUGCCUGUGGGCCACAUUGUGCAUACUGGCAUGCUCAACGAGGGUGGAGGGUAUGAAAAUGACUGCAGCAUAGCACGACUGAACAGGCGCAGCCCUCAAUCUGAUUGGCCCUCGAGCUGUGGAUGUGCUGUCUGAGUUGUCCUAUGCCCCUAUGACUCCAGACCACUUCCCAAGCCUCUUUUGCAAGGCUGGCAUGCAAUGGUGCGAUCUCGGCUCACUGCACCCUCCACUUCCCGGGUUCAGGCGAUUCUCCUGUUUCAGCCUCCCGAGUAGCUGGGAUUACAGGCACACGCCACCACGCCCAGCUAAUUUUUUGUAUUUUUAGUAGAUACGGGGUUUUACCAUGUUGACCAGGAUGGUCUCGAUCUCCUGACCUUAUGAUUUGCCCACCUCAGCCUCCCAAAGUGCUGGGAUUACAGGCGUGAGCCACCGCGCCCGGCCUGAAAAUUUUUAAAUGAUUGUUUGCCGACUUUACAACAGGACGAUGUUGUUGUUCGCAGGCCAGUAGGUGGCGCUGUGGCACGUGAUCUGAGCCUUCUGGAUUCACACAACUGUUCAUGUGGAGAACCCAGUGCCGGGACCCAUUAGCACCCCAGUCAGGCUAUGCGUCUCCCUCCCAAGGGUGCUCACCUGGUGUGGCCUCCAUGGCACAGGGGGAGUGAGAUGAGGCUCCUUUAGUACACCCUCCCUUGAGAAGAGCGACGUGUGCUUACCCUCCAGUGGCUUGUUCUCAUGAAAGGCUCCACAGUUAGGGACCUUCAGAUGCUUAGAUCUGGGGUGUCACCUGACUCAAGCCCUUCAGAAUCCCAGAUUGUUGUGGUGGGUCAAGGGCAUGGGGCUUUGGGUUUACUGGCCUGGGUCUGAAUGCCAGCAUUGCCUGUUCCUUGGUGUAUAUGACCUUGGGUGGUUACCUUUCCUAGGCCUCUGUUUACUUGUUUUAAAAUGGACAGUGAUGCCUACUUUAUAGGGUUGUUAUGAAACUCAAGUAAUGAAUAUAAAAUACUUGACCCAGACUGGCAUGGUGGUUCACGCCUGUAAUCCCAACACUGGGAGGCCAAGGUGGGAGGAUCGCUUGAGCCCAGGAGUUCAAGACCAGCCUGGGCAACUUAGGGAGACCCCGUCUCUACCAAAAAUAAAAAAAUUAGCCAGGUACAGUGGUGUGUGCCUGUAGUACCAGCUACCCGGGAGGCUGAGGUGAAAGGAUCGCUUCAGCCCAGAAGUUCAAGACUGCAAUGAGCCGUGAUCGUGCCACCGCACUCCAGCCUGGGUGACAGAUCAAGGCCCUGUCUCAAAAAAUAAUUAAUUAAAUACUUGACCCAUUGCACGAUCUUUCCAUGCACGACAGCUGCUCUUCUAUUAUUCUUCCAGGAUGAACUGCACAGCCUGCCCCCUUGGGUUUCCAGGUUGUGGGAGAUGAGCAAAACUGAAUGACCUCAGUAGGCCAAGAGCAAAGGAUGUGGGUCCAGACCUGGUGGCCAGUUGCUUGUGACAGGAGCUGGGCUGGAGUCCCCAAGUGCCACUAGUGCUGACAUCUUUUAACUGUGUUCAUCCUCAAGGUUCAUCCAUGGGUCAGAAUUUCCUUUUUAAGGCUGAAGAAUAUUCUGUUGUAUCUUUUUUUCUUCUCCAUUCAUCCCUUGGUGGACACUUGUGUUACUUCCAUGUUUUAGCCAUUGUGGAUAGUGCUGCUGUGAACACAGAUGGACAAAUACCCCCGAGACCUUGCUUUCAGUUCUUUUGGGGAUAUACUCAGAAGUGAAAUUUCUAGGCAGGGCGCAUUGGCUUACGCCUCUAAUCCCACCACUUUAGGAGGCCGAGGCGGGUGGAUACCUGGGGCCAGGAGUUCGAGACCAGCCUGGCCAACAUGGUGAAACCCCAUCACUACUAAACAUACAAAAAUUAGCUGGGUGUGAUGGCAGGUGCUUGUAAUCCCAGCUACUCAGGAGGCUGAGGCAGGAGAAUUGCUUUGAACCCGGAAGGCAGAGGAGCUAAGAUCGUGCCACUCCACUCCAGCCUGAGCAACAAGAGUGAAACUCUGUCUCAAAAAAAAAAAAGAAAUUUUUGGAUCAUAUGGUAAUUCUAUUUUUUUUUCUUUUUUUAAGACGGAGUCUCACUCUGUCACCAGGCUGGAGUGCAGUGGUGCAAUAUUGGCUCACUGCAACCUCUGCCUCCUGGGUUCAAGCAAUUAUCCUGCCUCAGCCUCCCGAGUAGCUGGGACUACAGGUGCGCACCACCACACCCAGCUAAUUUUUGUAUUUUUAGUACAACAGGUUUCACCGUGUUGGCCCAGAUGGUCUCGAUCUCUUGACCUUGUGAUCCGCCCACCUCAGCCUCCCAAAGUGCUGGGAUUACAGGCAUGAGCCACCAGGCCCGGCCGAUAAUUCUAUUUUUUAUGUUUAUUUUUUAGAAACAGUUUCACACUGUCACUCAGGCUGGAGUGCAGUGGUAUGAUCAUAACUCACUGCAGCCUUGAACUCCUGGGCUCAAGUGAUCCUACUUCCUCAGCCUCCUCAGUAGCUGGGACUACAGAUGUGAUGCUACCAUGCCUGACUUUUUAUUUUUUGUAGAGAUGGGUUCUUGCUAUGUUGCCUAGACUGGUCUCGAACUCCUGGCUUCAAGCGAUCCUCCUGCCUCAGCCUCUCAAAGUGUUGGGAUUACAGGUGUGAGCCACCACACCCAGCGUCAUUCUAUUUGUAAUUUUUUGAGGAACUUCCAUAGUGUUUUCUACAUUAGCGGUACCAUUUUACAUUCUCACCAACAAUGCACAAGGAUUUCAAUUUCUCCACAUCCUCACCAACAUUUGCUGUUUUCUUGUUUUUAUUUUUAAUAGGAGCUCUCCUAAUGGGUGUGAGGUGAUAUCUCAUUAUGGUUUUGGCUCGCAUUUCUCUAGCGAUGUUGGGCAUCUUUUCAUGUACUCACUGGUCAAAUGUUUAUCUUGUUUGGAGAAUUGUCUAUUCAAGUCCUUUGUGAUCAUGGUUUUCUUUUUGAUGCUUGCUAUAAUUUUGGUCUCUUUAGUUGGACUCCGGUGCUAUUUUCCUCAGUAUAUUUGAUGGUCUACCACAGGGGUCCCCAACCCCUGAGCCACAGACCAGUGUGGGUCCGUGGCCUGUUAGGAACUGGCCUGCACAGCAGGUGAGCAGCAGUUGAGUGAGCGAAACUCCAUCUAUGUUUACAGCUGCUCCCCGUUGCUCACAUUACCACCUGAGCUCCGCCUCCUGUCAGAUUAGCAGGCUGGUUAGAUUCUCAUAUGGGAGCAUGAACCCAAUUGUGAAUUGCGCGUGUGUGGGAUCUAGGUUGCACACCCCUUAUAAGAAUCUAAUGCCUGAUGAUCUGAGGUGGAACAGUUUCAUCCUGAAACCAUACCCCCAUCCCAGUCUGCGGAAAAAUUGUCUUCCAUGAAACCAACCGGUCCCUGGUGCCAAAAAGGUUGGGGACCACUGGCUUACAAGAUACUCUAUUCCCAUCUUUAGUUCUCUUGCCCCAAACAUAGAAUUAACUACUCUACUAGCUGUGUUUGUUCUUUUGGUGUAAAAAAAUGAUUUGAAUUCAAAACAUGGGGUUCUGUCAAAAUAGCACAGUGAAUUCGUGAAUUGAACAUGUCUCUGCUCCAAAUAAAGAAACAAACUACAAGAAGAGAAAAAAACAAAAGAACUGGUUCAAAAACAAGAUAAAGAAUUCCACACGCCAGAGACACAGCAAAAGCGCAAAACGUGGGAUGAGAAUGAAGCUGUGGGCUUGUUGCAUGUGGGGCCUGGCAAUCGGGCUGAGAGUUCAGCUGCUGUGGGCUGAGAGUUCAGCUGCUGUGGGCUGAAGGGGUCUGAAUAAACUCCAGCAUAGAGGGGACAGGGCCAGCUCACUGCUUCCUCCCGUUUCAUGCAAACCAGCAAACAGAGACAAAGGCAAACUGCCGCUGCUGUGCACCUGGGCUAUGGCUUCGAGAACAAACGACUAAGGAGAUGGAAACUCACCAAGCCAAACCCACUUCAUGGGUUCUGAACAGGGUCUGUGUGAUCUUCCUAGGUUACCCAGGCCGGAGUCCCAAACUGCCAUUCGAAGAUCAGACCGUAGAAGUGUGGAUGCCCAGAUGGACAGGAGCGGGUAGCUGCAGAAGCAUUAGGCAGGAAAGAGCACAGGAGCACAGGAGAGCCGGUGAAAGAGCAGCUCUUUAGGCAACAUCUUUGCCUCCUCCUGUUUCCAUGGAAGACAUCACAGGGGUGGGUCUCUCACCUGCUGGCCUUUGCUGUAAAGGGAUCGGGUGGCAAGUGAGCCUCUUCGCUGAGGCCCCAGAUGUUACUGUUCGGGGCUGUCUAUUCCAGGGUGGCUGGUUUCUCUAGAGAUGACUCCUCUGGUCUCCUGCCUGGGGAGGAGGACGUGCCUGAGCCAGGGGAGGAGGACGUGCCUGAGCCAGGGGAGGAGGACGUGCCUGAGCCAGGGCACGCCUUGCAUGUAGAUUUCCUGGGAACAGACAGCAGGAAGGAACCGAGCUUUCAGAGCCCAGGCCCCCAGCCUUACCUUUUCUCCUGCUUUCCUCCCCUGCUCCUUCUCCCAGCCUGCAGCUUUGACUCAGGUCCUCAGUCUUGGAGCUUGACUCCAUCUCUCGUCUUCUGCAGCUGGGAGCGGGCAGGUAGCCAGGCUGUGUGGGGCUUGGAGAGGACCUGGGUGUCCCACCCUUUUGUAGAGAAACUUGUAGCUGCUCCAGUUUUCAGCUCUCUGCCUCACUCCUGCUUCCUGCUGCCCCCAAGUACUCAGUCUCUUGCAAGCUCUGCAGAGCUCAUUUCUUUUUCUUUCUUUUUUUUUUUUUUUUUUUUUUUGAGACGGUAUCACUCCGUCAUCCAGGCUGGAGUGCAAUGGCGCAAUUAUGGCUCACUGCAGCCUUGACAUCCUGGGCUCAGGUGAUCCUCCCAACUCAACCUACCAAGUGGCUGGGACUGCUCAGCUGAUUUUUAAAUUUUUUGUGGAGACGGGUUUUGCCAUGUUGCCCAGGCUGGUCUCAAACUCCUGAGCUCAAGCGAUGCUCCUGAAUUGGCCUCCCAAAGUUCUGGUAUUAUAGGUGCGAGACACCACACCCCACCUUUUUUUUCUUUUGAGACAGGGUCUCCCUCAUUUGCCCAGGCUGAGUGCAGUGGUGGUGCCAUCACAGCUCACUGCAGCCUUGACCUCCUGGGCUCAAGCGACCUUCCUGCCUCAGCCUCCUGAGUAGCUGGAACCACAGGCACACCCCACCGUGCCUGGCUAUUUUUUGUAUUUUUUGUAGAGACCAGGUCUCACUAUGUUGCCCAGGCUGCUCUCAAACUCCUGGUCUCAAGUGAUCUUCCUGCCUCAGCCUCCCAAAGUACUGGGAUUAUAGGCAUGAGCCUCUGCGCCUGGCCUAUUUGGUUGUUUUUUAAAAAAUAAUUUUGGGCUGGGUGCAGUGGCUCAUGCCUGUAAUCCCACCACUUUGGGAGUCUGAGGCAGGUGGAUCACGAGGUCAGGAGUUCGAGACUAGCCUGGCCAACAUGGUGAAACCCCGUCUCUACUAAAAAUACAAAAAAUAGCCAGGCAUGGUGGCAGGUGCCUAUAAUCCCAGCUACUCAGGAGGCUGAGGCAGGAGAAUUGCUUGAACCCAGGAGGCAGAGAUUGCAGUAAGCCAAGAUUGUGCCACUGCACUCCAGCCUGGGUGACAGAGCAAGACUCUGUCUCAAAAAUAAAUAAAUAAAUAAACUAUUUUGGGGCUCUAGUAAGAAGAGAUGGCUGAUCUGCUCUCUGUUAACUUUCUCUCCUUUGAUAGAUGUGCCUGGGGGCAGAAGAGGGACAGCUUGCAGAUGGCAGCCUGUGCAUAGAGGCCCUGAAGGGGCUUGUCUGUUUUUAUUAUACUGACUUUCAACUAACCUGACUGCUGCUGCCUCUGCCUUUCUCAGUCCUGAGCCUUUCCGGGUUCUGCAGGGCUCACCAGAGCCCUCCUUGGCUAAGCUCUUUCUGCCUGAAUUCUUGGCCAGGGCUUCCUCUGCCUGGCCACUCCACCUGCCUGACACCUCCUAGAAAUGUGUUGAACUCUCUGGUCCACCUCUCAGAUGCUACCCUUCAGAUUGGGCCAACUGGAUAGAGCAAAAUGGAAAAAUUUUAAUAUUACUUCACUGCCAUUCUGAUGGGGUCUUGGGAGGAAGAAAAUAGAAACAGAUUUCAGAAUGGAGUUCUUGCUCAUUAUCUAAGACGUUUUUGUUUUUGUUUUUUUGAGACAGGGUCUCACUCUGUUACCCAGGCUGGAGUGCAGUGGUGCAAUCUCAGUUCACUGCAACCUCCGCCUCCCGGGUUCAAGCGAUCCUCCUGCCUUAGCCAAGUGGCGGUAACUACAGGCGCAGGCCACCACGCCCGGCUAAUUUUUGUAUUUUUAGUAGAGACGAGGUUUCACCAUUGUGGCCAGGCUGGUCUUGAACUCCUGACCUCAGGUGAUCAGCCUGCCUUGGCCUCCCAAAGUGCUGGGAUUACAGGUAUGAGCCACCGCAUCCCGCUCAUUCGCCAAGAUGAACCUCAUUGCGCCCACUUCCCUAAGAGCACUGACUGGCUUCCUUAUGCUGGGAGAGGGUGGAAGAUGAGGGGCAUGGGAUGGGGGUAGGUGGAUGGAGUGGGGUAGGGGAAGGGGAAUAGGUGGGAUGGGUUAGCUUUGCUUUCUUAUCUCCAAAGCCAGUGGUGGCAAUAGGUAGUUCUGUUUAUAAACAAGAGGGUGGCCAGGCAUGGUGGCUCAUGCCUGUAAUCCCAGCACUUUGGGAGGUGGAGGCAGGUGGAUCACCUGAGGUCAGGAGUUUGAGACCAGCUUGGCCAACAUGGUGAAACCCCGUCUCUACUAAAAAUACAAAAAAUAGCCAGGCACGGUGGCGGGCACCUGUAGUCCCAGCUACCUCGGAGGCAGAGGUUGCAGUGAGCCAAGAUCGCACCACCACACUCCAGCCUGGGUGGCAGAGGGAGACCCUGUCAAAAAAAAAAAAAAAAAGAUAUUUUACUUCUGCAUUUUCCACUAACAGUAUGCUCAUUCUAAGACAUUAAUUAGGCACCAAAUUAAGAAAGAAAACCCCACUGUAUCCUAUUCUUGAUUACUCUAGUGAGUUCUUGUUCCUAUCUGUGUUAGUGAUUACUGGAAAGGGUGUUCUGAUCCAGACUCCAAGAGAGGGUUCUCGGAUCUCACGUGAGAAAGAAUUCAGGGCGGGUCCACAGUAAAGUGCAAGCAAGUUUAUGAGAGAAGUAAAGAAACAAAAGAAUGGCUAUUCCACAGACAGAGCAGCACUGAGCACUGCUGCUUGGCUAUUUUUAGGGUUAUUUCUUGAUUAAAUGCUAAAUAUGGGGUGGAUUAUUCAUGAGUUUUCCAGGAAAGGGGUGGGGAUUUCCCUUCUUUUCUAUCAUGUAAGGUCACUUCUGGACAUUGUUAUGGCCUUUGUAAGCUGUCACAUGCUGGUAGAAGUGUCUUUUAGUAUGCGAAUGUAAUACAAUUGGCAUAUAACGAGCAGUGUGGCGAAUGUAAUACAAUUGGCGUAUAAUGAGGUCACUUUGGUCGCCAUCUUGGUUUUGGUGGGCUUUGGUUGGCUUCUUCACUGCAAUCUGUUUUAUCAUCACGGUCUUUAUGACCUGUAUUUUGUGAUACCAGUCUUGCCAACCUCUGUCCUGUGACUGAGAAUGCCUAACCUCCUGGGAAUGCAGCUCAGCAGAUCUCAUCCUCAUUUUAUCCAGCCCCUGUUCAAGAUGAAGUCACUCUGGUUCGCAUGCUUCUGACAGUAGGUGGACUUUUUUUUUUUUUUUUUUUGAGACAGUUUUGCCCUUGUUGCCCAGGCUAGAGUGCAAUGGCGUGAUCUCGGCUCACUGCAACCUCCGCCUCCUGGGUUCAAGUGGUUCUCCUGCCUCCACCUCCCAAGUAGCUGGGAUUACAGGCACCCGCCACCAUGCCCAGCUGAUUUUUGUAUUUUUAGUAGAGAUGGGGUUUCACCAUGUUGGCCAGGCUGGUCUCGAACUCCUGACCUCUGGUGAUCCACCUGCCUCGGCCUCCCAAAGUGCUGGGAUUACAGCUGUGAGCCACUGCUCCUGGCCUAGUAGGCGGACUUCUUAGGUGGCCUCCAGUGUUCCCCUCCUGGUAUUCCCACCUUCAUGGUUUAAACCCCUCCCCUUGAGAGUGAGCUGCCCUAGUGACUUGCUUCUACCCAGUGGCACAUGGCCCAGGUGAUGGGAUGUCACUUCUGUGAUUCAGUUGCAAUCUGUCUCACUGACUCUCUCCCUUGCCUGCUGGCAUGUGUGCUCUGAUGGCGCAAGCUGCUGAGUUAGGCCCAUGUGGCAAGGGACUGAAGGCAACCUUAUGUCAACAGCUAGCAAGGAACUGAGGCCCUUAGGCCCACAGCCCAUGAGGAACUGAAUCCUGCCAACAGCCAUGUGAGCUUGGAACUGGAUCUUUCUGUUGCUGAGCUGGGGGGGACUACAGCCCAGCGGACACCCCACCUGCAGCCGGUGAGCAACUCAAAGCAGAGACCCAGGUGAGCCAGGCCUGGACCCCUGAGCCAAGGAAACUGUGAGAUAACAAAUGUGUGUUGUAAGCAGCUGACUGUUACGGUAAUUUUCUAGGCAGCCAUAGGUAACCAGUACACCAUGCUAGGUCAGAUUAAACGUCCUCAGAUUAGCAUCCCUUCCAUUCCCUGGUUCCUGAAUGUGGCCAUGAUUUUUAAUACAUGAAAGAGCCAUGGCAGGGAGAUUAUCUGUAGAUCAAUAAAAUCAUACUAACCAGGAACACAGGCUGAUUGCCCUUCUUCCUCUUCUUGGGGAAAGAGAAUACUGGGAAGUGGGAUUAAUUUUAAUCCCUCCCCAAGACCCCAGGUUCCAGCCUGAUAGCAUUUGCCCAGCAGUGCCAGUGGUCCCAGGCCCUCAGGUCUGGCCCAGUCUGCGACUGCGGCUCUCUGCCUUGAGAUGUCAUUAGUUCUUGUCUGGGCCUUCAGCCAAACAUAGUUGGCAAGAGUCAUGUCCAGUCUCUCAAGGACAAUUUUGGGGCCGUUUCCUGUGUAAUUAUAGGGUGAGCAGCAGGGUAGAUGGUGCUAUUACAGCAGCAAAUUAGCCUGAAGGGUGGCCUCUGCAGCUCUAGGACUCCCACGGAGGCUGGCUUAGGACACAGCUCUCGCCUCUGUGAUGGCCUCCCCAUAAGUAUCUGGGGUCUGGUGGGCUGUGGGUGCAGAAGCAUUGUUUCUUCUGGGAGGGUAUCCAUUUCACCCCCAAACCUUUGGAUUUUAUUUUGUGUUAUUUAUUUAUUUUUGAGACAGGGUCUUGCUCUGUUGCCCAGGCUGGAGUGCAGUGGUGCGAUCUAUCUAGGCUCACUGCAGCCUCAAACUCGUGGGCUCAAGCAAUCCUCCCACAGCCUCCCGAGUAGCUGGGACUAUACGCACAUGCCACCAUGCCUGGCAAAUUUUGUCUUGUUUUUUUGAGACAGGGUCUCACUUUGUCACCCAGGCUGGAGUGUACACGGCUAAUGAAAUUUUUUUUUUUUUUUUUUUUUUUGUUGAGAUGGUCUCACUAUGUUGCCCAGGUUGGUCUCAAACUCCUGGCCUCAAGGGAUCCUCCCGCCUUGGCCUUCCAAAAUGCUAGGAUUACAGGUGUGAGCCACUGUGCCUGAUCUGAACGUUUGGAUUUUAUAGUCAAGGUCUGCUGACUCUCUGUCAUUGUUCGACACUGGUUAAAAUCUGGAAUGUCUGUGUGUGGGGUACAUGAGAAGUAGCCUGAGUGGUAAAUGUUGACUGUUAUCCUGUCCCUGCACUCCAUAUGUGGUACUCACCCCUAAGCAUCAGCUUUCUGCCAAGGGCACAAGAUGCCUCUUGAUAAAUAUUAUAUGGCAGAGAAGAGUGCAGGAGAAAGGGUCUACUUUGGAUAGGAUUUUAGGGAAAGCAACUCAAAAGAGGUGUUUCAGCCUAAUGACCUGAAAGGUAAGAAGGAGCCAGAAGGCCGGGUGCAGUGGCUCACGCCUGUCAUCCCAGCACUUUGGGAGGCUGAGGCGGGUAGAUCACCUGAGGUCAGGAGUUUGAGACCAGCCUGGCCAACAUGGUGAAACCUCGUCUCUACUAAAAAUACAAAAAUUAGCCAGGUGUGGUGGUGGGUGCCUGUAAUCCCAGCUACUCAGGAGGCUGAGGCAGGAGAAUCACUUGAACCUGGGAGGUGGAGGUUGCAGUGAGCCGAGAUUGCGCCACUGUACUCUAGCCUGGGCGACAGAGUCUCAAAAAAAGGACGAGGAGGAGGAGGAGAAGGAGAAGAAGGAGAAGGAGGAGGAGGAGAAGGAGAAGAAAGAAGGAGAAGGAAAGAAAGAAGAAUCAGCCAGCCAAGUAAAGAGCUGGAGGAGGAACGUCCAGGGUUAGAAGCAUCCAGUGCAGCCAUCUGAGUGGGAAGGAGGCUGGCCUGUUCUGAGAGUGGGUUGAGGCUGGGGUGGCUGAGCAGGGGCAGCAAGAGAGGAGAUCCAUAGGUUGGUGCAGGUCCAGGUCAUGCAGGGACCCGUGAGCCCCGAUGAAGAGCUUGGGUUUUCAUUCCAAGAGCAGUGGGAAGCCCCUGGAGGCUCAGGCACAGGAGAGGUGUGACCCGAGGUACACCUAAGAAAGAUCACCGCAAAGGCAGCAUGGAGCAUGGGUCCCCUGGAGCUGGAGGGGAUGCAGGGAGGGUGGUUAGGAGGCACCGUGGUCAUCCAGGAGAGGCAAUGGCUUUGGGUUAGGUGUUGACUUCAUAUGCAGUGGAAAAUGGAAAGACUCGUGCUGUCUUCGGGGUGCAAUUGACAUGAUUUUGCCAGUGGAUUGGAAAUGGUGCAUGAGAGAAAGAGCAAAGUCAAGGAUGACGUCUUCAUUUUUGGCUUAAGAAACUGGGAAGAGGAUGGUACCAUUUAAUCUGAUGCAAAAGACUGGAGCAGGGGAGCUGCAGAGGCCGGAGAUGAAGACUGUCUGGAGGAAACAAAGGUGAAUUCCUAUCUCUUACCACAAACAAGGUGAAAGUUUUAUAAAAGUCUUAACCUACAAGGGCAAAGAGAACAUAGGAGGACUCGGUGGCAGACGAGGAUGGCCAACAUAGUUUUACAAGGCAGACAGCAGGUGGAGGAUUGUAAUUGAUGAAGCAGAGCAGGAGGCUGCACUGCACGGGAGGCCGAUGAGAAAUGAGCCACUCUUGUCUAGUAGACCACUUGAGAGACUCAGGGUUUGGGGGCAGCAAGAAGGCAAGAGCAAUACUAGGGUCUAAAAACAAGUGGAGUAGGCUGGGCGCAGUGGCUCACACCUGUAAUCCUAACACUUUUGGAAGCUGAGGUGGGUGGAUCAUGAAGUCAGGAGUUUGAGACCAGCCUGGCCAACACGGUGAAACCCCAUCUCUACUAAAAAUAAUUAGCCGGGCAUGGUGGUGUGCACCUGUAGUCCAAGCUACUCAGGAGGCUGAGGCAGGAGAAUCACUUGAACCUGGGAGGGGGAGGUUGCAGUGAGCGGAGGUUGUGCCACUGUACUCCAGCCUGGGCAACAGAGUGAGACGCCGUCUCAAAACAAAAACAAGUGGAGUAGUUAAGCAACCGCAUACAGAGGAGUUGGACACCCACCUCCCCUCCCAGACCCCAGCUCCUGCCCAUUCUCCGACUGCGCAGACCAGAAGUGUAUUCAGGCCCAAGGCUUGGGGACUUGAGGGACAACAGAAGGCUAGGGAGGUGCAGAGCUGAAAAUCGGCAGAUAGAUAGAAGUCUUGAAACUUGAAGUGGAGGCUGAGUGCGGUGGCUUACACCUGUAAUCCUAGCACUUGGGAGUCUAAGGUGGGGUGACUAGCCUGGGUAACAUAGCAAGACACUUGUCUCUACAAAAAAUUAGCCAGGCGUGGUGGUGCACGUCUGUAGUUCCAUCUACUUGAGAGGCUGAGGUGGGAGGAUCGCUUGAGCCUGGGAGGUCAAGCUGCAGGGAGCUAUGAUCAUACCACUGCACCCUCAGUGACAGAGUGAGACCCUGUCUCUCAAAUAAAAAUAAAAAACUUGAAGUGGAUGAAAAGAUCUAAUUUGAAAGGUGAAAACAUAAAGCUAAUGAUGUGUAAGUAUGAGAAUAGAUUUGGGACUUUAAGCUGGGGAAGGACUUCUUAAAUAUGAUUCACAAAGCACUAACCAUAGGGGAGAGUGGAUAGAUUUGUCUACAUCAAAAUAGAGGAUUUCUGUUCCACGAAGCUCCCCACAGAUAAAGUAACAGACAGAUGGGACUGACUGAAGAGAGUUGCCACACAAAACCGAAACAGGAGUUGUUCCUGAAUAUUCAAGGGAUGUCUGCAAAUCAACAAGAAAAAGAAAAGAAACUCAAUAGAAAAAAAGAUGAGCAAAAGAUAGAAGUAGCAAUUCACAGAAGGGGCAAUAAACAUGGCCGUGGGGAGAAAGCUCUAUCAAAAUAACUUCAGAAUACUAUUGCAGUCCUAAGAUCUAUAAAAAUUGGGAAGUUGGGUAAUAUGCAGUGUUAGGUUAGCAAGCAUAUUAAUAAGGGACCAUCACAAUCAUACUUACACAGGAUAUAAUGUGUGCAGGCUCUGCUCCAAGCCCCUUAUAUGUAAUAUUUUGUGUAAUUUUCCUGACAAAUCUAUGAAGUGGUUUUAUUAUUCCCAUUUUGCAGAUGAGAAAAUGGAGAUAGAGAUUUGUCUUUUUCACUCUGUCGCCCAGGCUGGUGUGCUAUAAUGCGAUCUCGGCUCACUGCAACCUCUGCCUCCUGGGUUCAAGCAAUUCUCCUGCCUCAGCCUUCCGAGUAGCUGGGAUUACAAGCAUGCAUCCUGGCUAACUUUUUGUAUUUUUAGUAGAGAUGGGGUUUCACCAUGUUGGCCAGUCUGGUCUCCAACUCCUAACCUCAGGUGAUCCCCCUGCCUCGGCCUCCCCAAGUGCUGGGAUUACAGAUGUGAGCCACCGCGUCCGGCCAAAUAGCCUUAACACCUACUAGUUUAUACAUCUUGGAUUUCAAGUCAAGCCAUCUGACUUGAGUCCAUGCUUUAAGCUGCUAAAAUAUACUGUGGUUUCAGAAAUGGUAACCUCAUGAACUGUGAGUAGGAGCAUAAAGGACUGCAGCCACUCUAGCGUGCAAUCUGGCUGUACUUAGAGACAUGAACUAUGCCUAUAUUCUAUGUUCCUGCAAACUCCUGGACAUGGACUCCACAGAAACUUGCUCAGGUCCUUAUGAGGACAUGUGGUAGCUUUGUUUGUGGCGGUGGAGAGCUGGAAGUAACCCAAGUGUCCAUCACUAGGAGGUACGUAACUAAACCAUGGCAGAUGACUACAGUGGAUCCCCACCUUAGUGGACUAGCAGCAUAGGCAGAGUUACGUCAUGAUGACAAACAGCCCUGAAAUCUCAAUGGCUGAACCCAAGUUUUAUUCCAGCUAACAUCAAAUUGAAUGCAAGGCAAGUGUUUCUCUAGGACAUCUCUGCUCUCUAAAGGGACUCAGCAGUCAGGCUGCACCCUGUGUGACUUGCCAUCUCAACAUGUCCCUCCUCCAUCGCCCAGGCGAGAGAGACAGGAGAGGCUUUUCACUGUCUCAGUCUCACACUCUCAUCAGGCUGGAGUGCAGUGGCCCGAUCUCGGCUCACUGCAACCUCUAACUCCCUGGUUCAAGCAAUUCUCCUGCCUCAGCCUCCCAAGGAGCUGGGAUUCCAGGCAUGCACCAACACUCCCAGCUAAUUUUUGUAUUUUUAGUAGAGACGGGGUUUCACCAUGUUGGCCUGGAUGGUCUCUCUCCUGACCUUGUGAUCCACCCACCCUUGCGUCCCAGAGUGCUGGGAUUACAGGCGUGAGGCACUGCGCCUGGCCUGCUUAUAUUUUUUCAUUGUCCAGAACUCGUCUCGUGGCCUUCUCUGGAGCAAAGGGGUGGCAAGUGUAGUCUGCAGUAUGUCCAGGAAAGAGGAAUGUGGAACAGGAUUUGGGAACACAUAGUACUGUUGCUGCCACCAGCAGUUACAAGCUAUGAACUGAAUGAAUCUAUACAUACAGCCAUGAAGACAUGUCUUUAAAACAUAGUUUUGAGUUUUAAAAAAAGGUAGGAAAGAAUGAGAUUAAAGGGAAACUUAUAGAAAUUAAAACACAUGCACAUAGAACAUUAUCCUGCAUGGGCUGGGUGCGGUGGCUCACGCCUGUAAUCCCAGCACUUUGGGAGGCCGAGGUGGGCGGAUCACCUGAGGUCAGGAGUUCAAGGACAUUAUGCUGCAUGUUCUUCGUGGAUCCAUCCAUAUCUAAGGACAUUUAUUAAACACAUUGAAGUGGCUAUAGCUUAUGUGUGUGGGAAGGAUGGGUGGUUAGAAUGAUAGAGGAAAUCAGGUAAAAAAAAAUCAAAGAAAGGACACGUUUGAUGAUGGUGAUGAUGAUGAUGGCAGUCAUGAACUGAGGAGUGAGAUUCAUGCCACUCUCUACAUCUGAGGUUCUUCCUCCAGCCAUGUAACUCUGGCAAUGGAGUAGAAUAAGGAGGAGGGGGAAGGUGAGAACGUAGGUAGAAAGAGCUGUUGGGCAACUGUAGCAAUAAAACAGAAAAGAGAUGAACGUUUGCACAUAGGCAGGGGCAGCAGGAAUGCAGAAGGGCAGGUGUCAGAGAGCGUCCACGUGGUAGGACCCACAGGACCAGGUGGCUGAAUGCAGAGGCUGAGGCUGAGCAGGGCGGCCAGUAUGGCUCCCGUGUUCUGAUGGCAUGUAGUGGCGUGACCAGCCAGGGUCUGGAAGAAAGAGGAGGAAUGAGUAUUGGAAUCAGAGGCAUCAGAUAACGAUGUGGGAUUCUUUAAGAUAUCGGUUGAGUCAAAUGAGUGUCUAGAGAAAAUGGAGCCAAAGGGGCUCAGGAGGGUCCAAGAAGCAGUUAAGAGUACCAUGAUAGAAGUGCCAGGGAUCAAGUCAGGGAGGUAAGGUAAUAUGGUUUCGCUGUGUCCCCAUCCAAAUCUCAUCUUGAACUGUAGCUCUUGCAAUUCCUACAUGUCACUGGAGGGACCCAGUGGGAGGCAAUUGAAUCAUGGGGGCGGGUCUUUUCCAUGCUGUUCUCAUAAUAGUGAAUAAGUUUCACCAGAUCUGAUGGUUUUAUAAAGAAGAGUUCCCAAGCACAUGUUCUCUCUUGUCUUCCGCCAUGUAAGACGUGCCUUCUGCCUUCUGCCAUGAUUGUGAGGCCUCCCCAGGCACUUAAACUGUGAGUCCAUUAAUCCUCUUUUUCUUUAUAAAUUACCCAGUCUUGGGUGUGUCUUUAUCAGCAGUGUGAAAACGGACUAAUACAUAAGGGCUCAGAAGGGCCAACUGGAUGGGCAAAGAAGCCACUGGUGACUUUAGUGAGAGCGACUUUAGUGGAAUGGUGGGGGGGCAAAAGCCAGAUUGCAGAUGAUUAAGGAAACAGCUGGAAGACAAGGAAGGCAACAGACAUAGAUUAGCCAUUUGCUGAAGGUUAACUGGGAAAAGAAGGAUGGAGGAAGGCUACAGCGGGGGCUGCAGAGUGCAGAUGUGCAUGUGUAAUAUGGGAGGGAGCUGAGGGUUUAUGUGCUGAGGGGUAAAAGGUGGGGAUGGGGUCAGGAUUGAAAGUGAGGAAGAGAGGCCAGGUGCAGUAGCUCACGCCUGUAAUCAGCACUUUGGGAGGCUGAGGCGGGCAGAUGACAAGGUCAGGAGUUUGAGACCAGCCUGACCAACAUGGUGAAACCCCAUCUCUACUAAAAAUACAAAAAUUAGCCAGGUGUGGUGGCACACGCCUAUAAUCCUAGCUACUCAGGAGGCUGAGGUGGGAGAAUCACUUGAACCUGGGAGGCGGAGGUUGCAGUGAGCCAAGAUCAUGCCAUUGCACUCCAGUCUGGGUGACAGAGCGAGACUCCGUCUCAAAAAAAAAAAAAAAAAAAAGAAAAUGAGGAAGAGGCCAGACAUGGGGGCUCACACCUGUAAUCUCAGCACUUUGGGAGGCCGAGGCAGGCAGAUCACUUGAAGUCAGGAGUUUGAGACCAGCCUGGCCAACAUGGUGAAACCUUGUCUCUACUAAAAAUACAAAAAUUAGCUGGGCAUGGUGGCAGGCACCUAUAAUCCCAGCUACUCGAGAGGCUGAGGCAGGAGAAUCGCUUGAACCUAGGAGGCAAAGGUUUUAGUGAGCCGAGAUCACGCCACUGCACUCCAGCCUGGGUGACAGAGCAAGACUCGGUCUAAAAAAAAAAAAAAAAAGAAAACAAAGAAAAUGAGGAAGAGAGGGGCUCUACAUGAACCAAGGAUCCUAGCUGGUUAUUUUGAUUAAAAGAUGACUCAAAUGAUGUUAACACUGAUCAGACUUUAGCACGAGAGCUGCAGAGAAGGAAGACACUAUGAUGAGAAUAUAUUUGGGGUUUUGAGCUGGGAAAAGAGUUCUUAAAUAUGAUCCAGAAAGUACUGGCCAUAAGGAAAAAAUGUUAACAGAUUUGUCUGCACCAAAAUCUACCAAGAGAGUCCUUUCAACUAGAACUGCCGUCACCACAAUGAUGAACAUGGGGAAAGAGGAGAGGUACCUGCUGUAUAUUCUCAGGCCUUUUAGAACACAUGGAGUUGUUCCUCUGGCCACAUCCACACGAACCUACAAGAAAGGAGAUGUUAUAGACGUCAAGAGAUGCCCCACAGAUGUUACCAAGGCAAAAGGAAUGCCCCACAGAUGUUACCAAGGCAAAAGAGGAAGAGACUACAUGUAUCUAGUAUGCCGUUGGCAUGGUUGGAAACAACGGCAUGAUUCUUGCCAAGAGAAUUCAUGUGUGUGUAUGGAGCAUACCAAGCACUCCAAGAGUUGGAAAGGCCUUCAGAAACACGUGAGGGAAAAUGAUCAAAAGAGAAGGAAACGGCCAGGCACUGUGGCUCACGCCUGUAAUCCCAGCACUUUGGGAGGCUGAGGCGGGCAGAUCACCUGAGGUCAGGAGUUUGAGACCAGCCUGGCCCACAUGGUGAAACCCCGUCUCUACUAAAAAUAUAAAACUUAGCCGGGCAUGGUGGCGCGUGCCUGUAGUCCCAGCUACUUGGGAGGCUAAGGCAGGAGAAUCUCUAGAACCUGGGAGGCGAAGGUUGCAGUGAGCCAAGACUGCACCACUGCACUCCAGCUUGGGCGACGGAGGGAGACUCCAUCUCAGAAAAAAAAAAAAGAGAAGGAAGCCAGAGAGUACCUGGGUUCAACUGAAGUGCCAGCCUGCUCCAGCCAGAGAAGCACAAUUUGUGAGAACAGGGAAAACGAA